AUGAGUGAAGCAUCGCAGCCGGGGUCGCCGUCUGUCGUUGCUUCGCGGGAGUCUGGUGCGGCGAGGACGGCCUUGCCCUCUCGGCCCAUGUCGGCCAAGAUGCGCGACACCACGCCGCCUGGUCCCAUCAACUCAGCUCGAUCUUCGGUGGAAACAGACGGCUACAGACACAGUCAACCCGAGGAGAAGAUUCCAUCGACUGCAAAUGAAAGAGAAGGCACACACCACGACGACGACGCAUCGUCGAACACCGGUAGCCCUGGUAGCACGACAAGUACGCCCCGGAGUAGUAAGAAGCUGCUGGCACCUGGGUCCACGGGACAGGAACAAGGUGGACAAGUUUGCAGUAACUGCCACACCACCCGCACCCCCCUUUGGAGGAGAUCCCCCCAAGGCGCCACCAUCUGCAACGCCUGUGGCCUAUAUCUGAAGGCCCGGAAUGCCGCCCGGCCAACGAGUCUGAAGAAGCCGCCCAACCUUGUCCCUAGCACCGGCUCGGCCCAGCCGUCGUCAUCAAAAUCGACCUCGUCUCCGGCACCAAAGUUGCUGCCCAAUGUCGCUGGAGCAACCUACGUAGCCGCGGAUGCAACCCAGUCAGGCACAUGUCCUGGUGGUGGCCGCUGCAACGGAACUGGCGGCGCUGAAGGCUGUAACGGAUGUCCAGCAUACAAUAACCGCAUGUCGAAGAGCGCCCAGCUUAAUGUUAUGCAGCGGCAAGGUGGCUGCCAUGGCCGUGUGGAACCCAAGCACGAGCCUGUUCCGAUCGAUAUCAAUGCCCUUCAGGCUCAGGAGCGAGAUACCACGGUUGUCAUAGCCUGUCAAAACUGUGCAACUACGAUAACCCCCCUGUGGAGGAGAGAUGAGAGUGGGCAUACUAUCUGCAAUGCUUGUGGACUUUACUACAAACUCCAUGGUGUACAUAGGCCAGUCACCAUGAAGAAGGCCACGAUUAAAAGGCGGAAGCGAGUGAUACCUGCGGCUCACGAUGAGGAAGGGGAAGAGGGCAUGGAGGGGGUCGAGACUCAGAGCCAGGAGAAGACCCCUGAAAGGGGAACUAUGAACGAGGACGGAUCCGUGAAUCUGGGUCUUCGACGUCGUCCUAACCACCCCUUGACCAUCGAACCCGAACCGGCCAUGCCAACGAGUCGAAAUCCUUCGCCACUGCCGUCUGCCUCCACCUCCGACCUGGCAGUCUAUCAUCAGCACAGCACCGCGUCACGCAGCGUGCCGCCGACACUGAACGAUGAAAAUAAGCUGGCGCCGCUGGCCUCGAUGAACUCGGCAAUCAUCGAUGAUAGGCAAUCCUCCCUAUCACCCGCCUCCUUUCUCUCGCCCACCCGCAAACGAUCCUUUUCUUCCACGGAGGCAGACCUUGCCAGGGGCGCAGAUGGAAGCCACGAGAGCGCCAAGCGGAUCUCCUCCAUCAAGUCCAUCCUUAAUCCAUCCACAAGUGCCGAAGAGCCUCUGAAUAUCGAAUCUGUCGGUGCAGAUCGAGGAGAAUAUGCGCUGCCCCCUUUGAGAUCUCCGGGCGCCAGCAUACCUCCGAGGCCUUCCGGCGGUGGCGGGUUUACGCCAUUGAACGCCACGUCCAGACCCCUUGACCACGAUGCCGAAAGCGAGCGGAUUAAGGCAGAGCGUAGGAUGUUACUGCGGCAGGAGGCGGAGCGGAUGCGCGAGAUGCUUGCUGCAAAGGAGCGGGAGCUCAUGGAACUGGGAGAGUGA